GACGGUCAGCGCUGCCCACAGGGCUGGGGGUGGUGUCACCCUGCCUGUCCCCAACUUCCCACUGCUGCUUCCCCUUCCCUUCAGCCUCUUGGGGACAGGAUCUCUCCUUCCCAGGCUGCUCCCAGCCCUCACCAUGCCCGGGCUCCUCGGGCUGGGGCAGCUCCUGGUGCUGCUGGUGCUGGUCCUGCAGCCCACAGCGACUCUGGGGUCUCAGUGCUUCGUCCCGGUCAUCGCCAACGGGCAGCUGAGCUCAGCGGAGAAUUUCACCUACGGCAGUUCAGCCACGCUGCGGUGUGAGCCCGGCUUUGUGCCCCUGGGCGGCACCGCCACUGCGCGCUGCACCAUCAACGGGCGCUGGUACCCGCGGGUGCCUUCGUGCGUGCCAGGGCAGUGUCCCUUCCCUCCCCCGGUGGCAUACGCCGAUCUCCAGCACCGGAACGAGUUCCUGGUGGGGACCUCUCUGACCUACUCGUGCAGACACGGCUUCACCCUGAUCCCUGGGGUGUCCCCAACCAUCACCUGCCUCCAGAACCUCACCUGGUCCCCGGUGUCGCAGCUCUGCCAGAGUGAGUACAAUCGGCAAAGAAUCGAUUGAA